UUCCGCUCCCGUCCCCACCGCCCUCCCAGACUCCGCAGCAUCCAGCGCCGCGCGGCGGGGCCGGGGAAGUUGCUCCGCUGCCUUCGGCCCGCGCCCCCCCGCCCGGGCCCAUGGCGAGCGCCCAGUGAGUGGCCGGGGGCCGGGGACCCCCCAGCGCCGGACCCAGGGGAGGGGGAUGCUCCCUCCGCCGCGCCCGCCCGCCCCGUCUCUAGGUAUUUGAGAGCCUGCCCAGAGGAGGUUUUGCCCAUUAAAGCAUGAACGUUGGACAUGGCUGCCCCCCGUUGCUGCUCCCGGAGGGGGCCGCCGCCUCCCCGUCCCUCUAGGAUGCUCUGGAAGCCGGUCCUGCUGCUGGGGCUGUGGCUGCCCUCGCUGGCGUGGGCCGGAGCUUCGCCCACCCCCUGCCCGGCCUCCUGCUCCUGCAGCAACCAGGCCAGCCGGGUGAUCUGCACGCGCCGGGAGCUGGUGGAGGUGCCGGAGAGCAUCUCCAUCAACACGCGGUACCUCAACCUGCAGGAGAACAACAUCCAGCUCAUCAAGACCGACACCUUCAAGCACCUGCGGCACCUGGAGAUCCUGCAGCUGAGCAAGAACCUGAUCCGCAAAAUCGAGGUGGGCGCCUUCAACGGCCUGCCCAACCUCAACACGCUGGAGCUCUUCGACAAUCGCCUGGCCACGGUGCCCACCCAGGCCUUUGAGUACCUCUCCAAGCUGCGGGAGCUCUGGCUGCGUAACAACCCCAUCGAGAGCAUCCCGUCCUACGCCUUCAACCGGGUGCCCUCCCUGCGCCGCCUGGACCUGGGGGAGCUCAAGAAGCUGGAGUACAUCUCCGAGGCGGCCUUCGAAGGGCUGGUGAACCUGCGGUACCUGAACCUGGGAAUGUGCAAUCUCAAGGACAUCCCCAACCUGACGGCGCUGGUGCGGCUGGAGGAGCUGGAGCUGUCGGGCAACCGGCUGGACAUGAUCCGCCCCGGCUCCUUCCAGGGCCUCACCAGCCUGCGCAAGCUGUGGCUGAUGCACGCCCAGGUGUCCACCAUCGAGCGCAACGCCUUCGACGACCUCAAGUCGCUGGAGGAGCUGAACCUGUCCCACAACAACCUCAUGUCCUUGCCCCACGACCUCUUCACCCCCUUGCACCGGCUGGAGCGGGUGCACCUCAACCACAACCCCUGGCAUUGCAACUGUGACGUCCUCUGGCUCAGCUGGUGGCUGAAGGAGACGGUGCCCAACAACACUACCUGCUGCGCCCGCUGCCACGCCCCGGCCAACCUCAAGGGGCGUUACAUCGGCGAGCUGGACCAGAGCCACUUCACCUGCUACGCCCCGGUCAUCGUCGAGCCGCCCACCGACCUCAACGUGACGGAGGGGAUGGCGGCCGAGCUGAAGUGCCGGACGGGCACCUCCAUGACCUCGGUCAACUGGCUGACGCCCAACGGGACGCUGAUGACGCACGGCUCGUACCGGGUGCGGAUUUCCGUCUUGCACGACGGCACGCUCAACUUCACCAACGUGACGGUGCAGGACACGGGGCAGUACACCUGCAUGGUGACCAACUCGGCCGGCAACACCACGGCGUCGGCCACCCUCAACGUCUCGGCCGUGGACCCGGCCGCCACCGGCUACACCUACUUCACCACCGUGACCGUGGAGACGCUGGAGACGGCCCAGGAGGACGCGCUGCCCACCAAGAAGGAGCCGGGCCCCACGCCCGCCGUGGGCUGGGACGUGACCUACUCCACCACCUCCCUGACGCCCCGCUCCACCCGCUCCACGGAGAAGCCCUACACCGUGCCCAUCACCGACGCAGCCGAGGGCGGCAUGAAGGACCUGGACGACGUGAUGAAGACCACCAAGAUCAUCAUCGGCUGCUUCGUGGCCAUCACCUUCAUGGCGGCCGUCAUGCUGAUCGUCUUCUACAAACUGCGCAAGCAGCACCAGUUCCACAAGCACCACGGCCCCACCCGCACCAUCGAGAUCAUCAACGUGGAGGACGAGCUGCCGGCCGCGGCCGGCGCCCCCGGCGACAGCCACCUGGCCCUGCCGGCCCUGGAGCACGACCACCUCAACCACUACGCGGCCUUCAAGGCCCAUUACAGCAACCAUGCGGGGGCCCCGGCCUGCGCCAAGAACCCCCUGCUGAACUCCAUCCACGAACCUCUGCUUUUCAAGAGCAGCUCAAAGGAGAACGUGCAGGAGACGCAGAUCUGAGGACGGGGACGCCCCUCGCGGCCUGCCUCCCCCCCCCCGCCCGCCUGCCCCGGCCCCGCGGCCCGCCACGGGAGGGGGAGCGGGGAAAUGCCUCCGGGGAGAGAGAGACCCCCCUAACCCGCCCGCGACGGAUCGGCUCCAGUUGGACGCCAGGCCCCCCACCCGCUGGAGAGUCCCCCCACUUCCUGGCUCCCAUCCCGACUGCCUCUGUGUCCCCCACACACCCCAUUCCUGUCCCCCUCCCCGCCCGUCUGUCCCCCCCCGUUCCUGGCUCGCACCCCAACUGCCUCUGUGUGUCCCCCCACCUGUCCGUCCCCCCCGUUCCUAGCUCACACCCCAACUGCCUCUGUGUGUCCCCCUGCCCCAUUCUUGUCCCCCUCCCUACCUGUCUGUCCCCCCCAUUCCUAGCUCGCACCCCAACUGCCUCUGUGUGUCUCCCUGUCCCAUUCUUGUCCCCCUCCCUACCUGUCUGUCCCCCCCAUUCCUAGCUCGCACCCCAACUGCCUCUGUGUGUCCCCCCACCUGUCUGUCCCCCCCGUUCCU